UCCGUCUCCAUAAGUCAACUUUGUUCAGUCACACACGCCGCAAAGCAAAUCCCUCUGCCAGGACUCUGCUCCUACCUCCAGGAUGUCUCAGCCGAACUCUGGAUCCAUAUCACAAGCUCCUCCGAUGGAAUAUAACAUCAGACUUUGAGAAUAACACCCUUUUGAGAAACUUUGAAAGCUAUCUAGCUACUGAGGAAUAGCUAGUUAAAGCGGGCGCCACGAAGAUUAGCCGACUGAGCUAAAAACUAAAUAUUUAAUGAGAAAUGUUUGGUUGUGCUGGGUUUUUUUGUUGUUUUUUUUAACUCGUAUAUCAUCGUCCUUUUUUUCUAGAUUGUGAACUUUGUCUUUGAAAAGCUUGUGCGGAGCAGCAUGGGUUUGCAGGGGAGUGGACAUGAGUAGUGUUAUCAGUUAAUGGAGAUUGUGUUCAUUGAUUUCGCCGUCCCUUAACCGGAUAGUCACUAUGAUGUUGUGAAGUUUCUCAAAUGAGGCGUUGAAAGGUGUGACUAGUGUUUCAUUUGCGAAGAAUGUCCGACUUGGGGAGUUCCAGUGUGUUUGUGGGUCUGGAGGACCCGCAGUGGCUCUGCAUGGUCACGCUGUUCAUCGCGUCCCUCGUUACUCUCAUCAUAUAUUUCGCGCAGUAUUUCCAGCAUUGGUUUGUUGGGAGUGAAGCUGGAGCAGCGGGGGACGAUGAGGAGGAGGAAGCAGCCGCUCUGCUGGGCUGGGCCCUGUCACUGGGGAGCUGGAGGAGCCGCUGGAGGGGAGCUUGGUGCAGAGCUCUGAAUGACAGGUCCAGGAAGCGUGGGGGAGCUGUUUUGUUGACAUUUGAAGAAGAUGGUUUCGAGACAUCAGAACUCGCAGUUAGCAAAGUUUCCAGCUUUCAGAAGUCUGCCUUGGGCAAGGAGGCUUGCUGCAGUGUGGUUGGAGAGAAACUGCAGUUCUCUUUUGGUGUAGCAUCGACAUCCACAGCAGAUCCCUGGAAAUACACUGCAUGUAUAAUCCCACUAGAGCUGCAGCUUCAACUGCAUAUGCAAGAAGGUGAAGAUGAGAUUGAGGUGAGCUGGGGAGUGUCUCAUCUGAAUGCAGAGGAGCUGCAGGUCACGCCUACUUUUCCACAGGACAUUGGAGACAGAACGGCCAUAAAGGAACAAUUGAUGGAGCUGUUAUGUGUGACACGGUCCUCUGUGCUGCUGAGCUGCAGGUCUGCUCAGGCCUCCGAGCUAAAUGAAUUUCACAACAAAGCGCUGUCUCCCCCAAAACCCCCUCGUGCCCACGACUGGAAGCUGCUUGUCAAAAACAUCCGGGUCACACUCAAUCAGGAGGAGGACGCUGCAGGCAGCUUAAAUCCUCUGUGUGCACUGCGCUUAGAUGACCCUCCUCAGAAGUUUAACACCUCUGUUUUGAAGAACACAACCAAUCCGAUGUGGGACCAGCCGUUUAUUUUUGAAUUGAAUGGACGAUCAAAAGAGCUCAGUAUUCAGCUGUUGAAUGAUGGACAACCUCCAGAAAAUUCGCUACUAGGUCAGGUGUCUGUGGCUUUUGAUCUCAUAAGGAAGCAGCCUAAAGGACAGCGAACUUUUACACUCAUGACCAAAGACAAAGUGACUGGAUCACUUACUACUGAUUUUACCUACCUGGAGCCUAGUGAGGUACGGUCCUGGAUCCCUCCCACUCCAGCCUCCAAUAAGAGGGUAGAGAUGGAUCGCACAGUCAUGCCCUGUGGCACGGUGGUCACCACCAUCACCGCGGUGAAGAGCAAGCCGGGUCGACCUCUCCCGCUCAUCAUAGAUCCUGUCCAGAACCCAGCAGUCAACAAGCCAAAGCUCACCGAGCGCCGGGUUUCGGAGCAGGCGUCCAUGAUGGGAGCCACUGUGAGUAAGGCCUUGUCCUCCUCUGACACUGAACUGCUGAUGCUCAAUGGGACUGACCCAGUGGCUGAAGCUGCCAUCCGACAACUCCACCAGUCUGCCAAGCAGAAGCUCAAGUCCCCAGUGAAGAAGAGUACAAUUAUCAUCUCAGGCAUCGCCAAAACGCCCUUGUCUCAGGACGACGAGCUGGCUCUGAUGGCAGGCUACGCCGCAGCAAUGGAUGCCUCGAUGUCGGAGAGCAGCUCCACUCAGGAUGUGACCGCGGCGAUUGCAUCAGGUUUUAGUAGUCCUCCAGACGGGUCUGAGCCCCAGGAAGGCUCUUCUGGCCUAGGCCGGCCUCAAGUGGACUGGGAGAGCCAAACUGAAGAGGAGCUAAAUCAUACUUCACUUUCCAUGUGUGUAGCUGAGGCUAACUGCAAGAAGAGAAGAGGCAGCUUCCUUCAGAAGAGCGCCAAGCUCUUCUUCAAGCGACGUCACCAGCGCAAGGACCCGGGGAUGAGCCAGUCACACAAUGACCUGGUUUACCUGGAGUCUCCGGCCGCAGUGGAGCGAGCCAGCCGAACCGCCACGCUUAGCCGCAUGCUCAGCCGCAAGCAUAAGAGCAAGAGCAAAGCUAACGGCUGCACCUCCACGGGGGAGCCACAUGCGUGAUCCCCGCGCAGCCCUUCACCUCAGUCCCUCCCACAGCUGCCAUCAUCGCUUCCACCUCAAAGUUGCACUAGCAGACAUCCUGGUUAACUAACUCAUCCUAAUUCCCCAUCUGCAUACUGGGGCUCCUGCAUUGUGAAAAGUGCGCAGAUGGAAAAAGCCUUUGCUCAUAUCCUCCGAAGCUGACAUCCCACCAAAGCAAAUGUGUCCAUGUGUGGAUGAAGGUAUCCUGCCCUGGGGUGAUGGCAUGCCUGAGAAAUGGCAGUUUCACAGUUUUGCAUGUUUCCUUCAUUUGAUUUUUAUAUGCAACUUUUUUUUAAUCUUAAGUGCUUUUACGGCCCUGUUACAGACUGAAUGGACUGAUGCAGGCCACCUUUGUUUACCUCAGUGACACUGAGCGCAAAGAGAACUCUCUCCCUGCUGUAAACAGCAAGUCUCCAACAAUGACCCAACAGGACCAAAGAUGAAGAGCAGAGUGGUGUUUGUAUGAUUUGCACAGCCCUUUCCUUGAAAGUGCAAUGACAGGAGCUACUCCUGCAGCAGAGACUUGUCUGUACUUGUUCACGUUAAAAAGAUUUACAAAAGGGAGAUCAUCUCAUCACUGCACAACUGGCCAUAAUGGGAGAGUAAUAUGACUACUUUGACACUAAUUUUAUGAAAUUCUUUGUUAGAAAUCAUUCAAAUUUAUUCUGAACAGAAUAUAGAUGGUAUUUAAUGUUUAUGGAGUGUAUAUUCAGAAAGUCUUCAGACCCCGUCACACUGCAGCCUUUAAAGAAGAACAAUCUGUUUUCAUUUAAUCAUUAUGGGGUAUUGAGUGUGCGUUAGAGAAGGAUAAGGCAUGAGGCUGCAGUGUGUCAAAAUGGAAAAAAUAAAGGGGUUCUGGCUUGGAGCAGACUGUUUUUAAAAAAAAUGAUCAUGCUAAGACAUGGAAGACAGUUGUUUUUAAAUGAGUUGCUGGCAUUUACAGAGAUAAUUGUCAUUUAUCGCUAAAUAUUAAAAUAAAUUAACCCUUUACUAAGUAAACCAGCUGCUUUAGUGAAACCCAACUUUUGCCUUCCUCCUGUACACUACUGCUGUCGGCAGCAUUGCAAAUGUGUCAAAAGGGAACUGAACGAAACUUUACCAAGGAACUGUGAUGCUACACAUGUUUGGCUUACUUUCAAGAUUAAAGACAAUUGUUUCUCUUUGCAGCUGAAUGUAAGAAACUUCUCUUUUUCAUCUAAUGUUUAAAGGCCUCAGACAAUGUGUUUUUGAAGGCAAGAACAAAAGACAGUUUGCAUAUGUUUGGGAACAGCCAAAUAGUCUAGCUGCUUUUCAUUAAAAUACAGCUAAUGAUUGUA